GUGAUAAUAAACCUAGGAUUAGGAUGCAGGUUCCGAGGCAAGAUCAUGCACGAAAUCCUGCAUGCCGCUGGGUUCCUGCAUGAGCACACGCGGCCGGAUCGAGGGACUUAUAUUCAGGUCAAAUGGAAAAAUAUUCGAGAAGGUGAUUCUGACACGUCUUGUCUGGGUUGGGCGUGGGCGUUUGGUGAAUAUAUCUGAGCAUAUAUUGUGU